AUGUCCUCAACGUCAUCACUCCUGCGGGUGAUCAAAAACGUCGUCUCUUCUUCUUCUCUCAGAACACGCAGAAGCGCCAGCAACAGACGAAUACAAGCGAUGGCAUCAUCGACAACGAACCCAAUCGCCACUUUCGAUACCACGGAAGGGUCUUUCAAAGCCGAACUGUUCGUUGACCAAAUGCCAUUAACCGCGUCGAAUUUCAUCGAUUUAGCAAACACCGGUUUUUACAACGGACUGCACUUUCACAGAGUCAUCGACGGAUUCAUGUUACAGUUUGGGUGCCCAAACUCGAAAAAGAACGGCGCCGCGAACGCAGGAAUGGGAGGGCCGCCGCCAAACUCAAAGUUUACAAAUCUCGCCACGAAGGAAGAAAUAACGCGAGACGCGAGAGAAGGCUGCAUUCCGGACGAACUGACGGCGAAGAUCUCGAACGAGCCCGGGACUUUGUCGAUGGCAAAUACCGGCGCCAAAAACUCCGGCGGGAGUCAAUUUUUCAUCAACACCGUCCACAACGACUUCCUCGAUUGGUUCGACAAAUCGUCGCCGUCCGCGCACCCGGUGUUCGGUAAAGUCACCGAAGGUAUGAACGUCGUGAUGAAAAUAUCCGCGGUGGAGACGCACCCGAACGAUUGCCCGAAGAAAGGGGUCAUGGUGAACUCGAUUACCAUCGCGUGA